AUGGAAACAGUUGUUUCUCAAUGUCCAGCCUAUGGCCAGGGGAUUCAGACACGCGGAUCCAGGCCAAUCCCAAGGCAGUCGAACACAAAGAAGGUGCUGACUCUGCAACCUGGGCAUAGGUUGGCUCUAACCUUAGAAGUUCUUGAGAAGGAGCCUACAGUUGCCGGCGGGCCAUCUGUGAACGCCAGCGUGCAGCUGGUCACCAAGCGAGGUGAAAAGAUUACCAUAAGAAUCAGGUACGAGAGCGUUCUGGGCGGGCUGAGCUUUUCUCCAGCGAGCUUGCGGUUUGAAGCAUCAUUUCCUGGCCGAGUCCAGAAUCGUGUUGUUGCGGCACGCUCAACUUUCGAGCAGCCUUUGCAGCUUAGCGCAGUUCGAUCGACUGACAGCCGUAUCAUUCCCGAGCUUCUCACGAAGACCCUGAAACCCUUGGCUCGAACGGAAGUUGUUAGGGUCUACUAUGAUCCAGCGAAGGCCUCCGGUCGAUUCUUUGCAUGGCAGUUUGUGGGAAUGGCCACGCUGAAGCAUGCAAGUGUCUGUAUAGCCUGGUUUCGUUUCAAUAGACAGGGCUGGGCUUGUCAAUCCACGGCGCGAGCAGUCGCAUGCAGCAGCUUUGAUGAAGCUCUGCUUGCUGAUGGCGCUGAUGGCGCGCUCCGGAGGAGCCACUUGCUGGGGGCCCUGGUGCGACGAGAUUCAGUGCUGACACUCUCCGCCAAAGAUUGGCAGAUCCAGUUUGAGAACGAAGAAGAUUUUCGAUCUGGGCUGGAGGCGCUUGAAGCGGCAGCUCGCAGAGGCCGAGCGCUGUCGCGCACAGCUGCGUUGCCAGAGACUCUGGCGGUCCUCCUUGUUUGGAAGAGCUCUGCGACCUUUUCGACCGCUCAUAACUAUGCCAAGGCGUGCCUGAACAAUGGUGCACCUUGGCGUUUGCGGGCAGGGGCGACAGCGCCUGUGGUGACAGUGCCCAAUGUGACAGUGCCCACUGUGACGGCGCCUGCGAUGGCACCGCUGCUUCAGAAAGGCUUUGCGCUUGUGCAGGGGUUUGGCAAAGUGUUCGUGGCAGUGGAAGGCAAUGUGCUGGUAUUCUGCCAAGAGAAGUGGCGAGCCAAGCUGGCUGAUUUUGGCAACGCACAGGUUUACAUGACUUUGCCAGCGUUGACUUUGAACUACCGGAGCCCUGAAGUGAUUUUGGGCAAGCGUCCAGGCCCUCCGAGCGAUAUGUGGAGCCUUGGUGUCUUGCUCUACGAGAUGAUGUGGUUGCUUGGAGGGAACGAUGUUCUUCGUCAGCUGCUGCAACCUGAUUUUGCACUCCGGCCAACGGCGCGCGAUUUGAUGCCGGCAGAGAUGUCCGAGCCGGACGCCAAUGCUGCAGUGGAGCUUGGCUGGAAACAGCCCAGAGGCUCCGUAGCUCUAUGUGUGUGCUUGCGCUUUGCAGCCAAAGCCUUGCCGAUCCUCAUUGCGCGAAAGAGCCUGUCCUUGGUGCCGGCCGACACUGUCUGCAAAGGUAAACUGUGGCAAUGGGAUCUGGACCGACAAGAUGAAGCCCAACAUCAGAUGCGCACGGACGCAACCUGGUCUUCAGCUCUGGCGGCAGACUGCGAGGGUGGACGAGCUUUUCAUUUGGGGCCAGAAGCGGAGGGACAGAUCUGGCAUGUGGAACCAUAUGGCGAAGCUUCAAUAGGACCAGUCAUUUUCGAGCCUUUCCAGCACGCGCAGUUCCGGACCACACUCUAUGUGCGAAACAACCUCACCACCUUGCAUCCAGUGGAGCUGAAUGGACAUGGUGGCUCGAGCCGGCUAGUGUUUCCUGAAGGGGUCCUAGAAUUCAAUUUGACGAUCUCAGAUUUUGCUGAAGAGGAAGAUGGGUCAGGUGCAGUCGAGGACAGUGAGAAAGGGUCGCAUGGCAGCAUGCUUUUCAAAAGGUCCAAGCCAUGGUGGCGGCAACGCCGCCUGGCCGUGACGCGCAGCAUUGUCGCUACAAACGACUGUGAGCUCCCCGUUGAGGUGGCCCAGAUCGACAUUGGUGGCAUCCCAGGAUGUAGCGCCUUCGGCUUUGAGGUGCAAGAUUGCCAGCUACCGAUCACAGUCGCGCCGCGCGAAUCCGUUGCCUUCAUGGUUUCCUUUACGCCAGAAGUUGUUGCCUCGCGCUGGGUUCAGCCAAAGCAGCAGAAGACGCUCAAAAUCAUGAGACGUGCUUGGGUUUCUCAUGAAUUGGUGUCUGAAGUUGCAUCCAUUCUUCUGGAGAAUGUCCUGAUGUACGAUGUUGAAUGGCACCGACCUAAAGCCUCUCCCCUUGAUGAUUUCAGAGCCUUGUCCCUUGGGGAGGCAGAUGUGAACUUUGAGGUGUGGCAAGGAGGGAAAGCAGAGGAGCUACAACGAUGGGUUCGAAGUGAUUCAGCAGAGGUUGUGGGCAGCCACUCCAUGCUUGCAUAUGACGGCAUACACACACUGAAGCACACAAUUGACCGCUUCCCUGAAGCAGAAUUUUACCAGUAUCUACAAACUCCACAGAUGUCAUGGGUGUUUGCGAGUGAUGCAUUUCAGCAAGGAGAGUCAUUUGCUGAUCCGGGCAACCUUUGCAGAGAUCAAAGGUGGAACUGCACUGACUUUGUGUGGCAACCCCCGCAUUGUAGAGAGGAGGUCCGCUGCGUGGGUCAGGUGUUGCACGAUUAUCCUCACUACAGCCAGGGGGUGAUGGAGCAACAAAUUGCCAACAAUGGAUUGCCACUGUCUACUGUUUACUUGACCCCACUUUCCAAGCAGGUAGCAGUAUGGAAUGCCUUUGCAUCAAAAAGAAAUAUUUUGUUCCAGCACCACUUCCCAUCUGAGGGAGUUGACGGUGUCCCAAGCAGUGCUUUCGUGCCCAUCCAAUUUUCACCCAAGCGGUAUGGAUGCAACUCCACCGAAAGCUCUUCUCCUGACGGCGGCUUCAGUUGCCAUCUUGAAGCCAAGCGCUUGCUGAUCGUUGCCUCCCCAGCAUUCGUGACAGAAGGAGACGCAGCAUAUUUUGCCGAGCGCUUCCGCCUUGACAAGGAGAGCUAUGACAGACUCUUUGAUCUUUGGCGGCAGCAUGAUGGUGAUGCUUAUCAAGCCGCCUGCAGGUGGUUGCAAGAGACCGGAAGUUCUAAGUGGGGAGGCUGGAUCAGAUUCAGCAAGCAAGUGGAUUUUAUCCGUGAAUUCCCUCCCAUGUCGGGGUGCUUUCCAACCUUCUACUUAUUUUUCCUGGCUGCUGUGACGGUGGCCUUUACGGAGAAGUAUUUGCUCAAGAGCCUAAAGGCCUGCAAGCGAUGGUGUACCAGGCCGCCAGCCCAGAACCCGAACUGGGAGCCCACGGAUCUCAGUGACAUUCAGAGACGCAUGAAUGAUCGUGCCAGUUACACGACUCCAGAUUUCACCUCCAAACUUGUUGCCUCAAGAAGCGCAUCCUUCGUUGAAGUGAAGAUGGCCCUUUUGAAAGGUUCUAUGGGAUUUAUGAGCUUUUUCCGUGAUGAGGAAGACUUUUGUGAAGACUCUGGCCGGGCCAUGAUUCCUCCACAAGCUUCGUCAUGUUUUCGUCAAUACUUCCACAGCAGCCUGCAGGUCCUCAUUUACAUUGUCACAUCCGGCCUCGCAAACAUUGCUGUUAGUGCGCUCACCUUUGCUUUGGCGACUGGCAUGGUUGGUGCACUUUUGGCUGAAGUUCGGGCCACGAAGGAAAACAACAAGCAAGUAGAUCCGCUUCUUCAAGUGGAAGACUGGUACACCAACUGGCUUUCAGACAUGCAAACCGUAACAGUUUUGAUCGAUGACUUCAAGUUUUUGCCGACCUUCUUCAUUACCUACAUGAUUGGGCAAGAUGUAACUCGCUGGCUCGAAUGGCUUCGAACUAUGUUCCGCGUGCAAGGACGGCUGCAUGAUGUGGGGCUUGUGGUUGCCACUUCUUAUCGGAAGGUGAACGAUCCACAGAUUGGAAAACAGCAGCGCCAGAUGCUUUUCAAGUGGUACAGAUAUCUCAAUGCAAUUCAUUAUUUGGGCUAUUUCAAGCUGGCACCAAGCAUUGGAGCCUCUGGGGAUGAAGUUCUUCAAGACCUACGCACUGCUGGGCUUCUGAAGGAGGCCGAGUGCCAGCAGCUUCAGUUUGCAGGUACCAAGUUACGAGACACCCUGGUUUCAUGGCUGGGCACAUUGUGGCAUGACGAGCUUGAACGUGGAUGGGUUCAGAGUUCAGACUCCGACGUCUUCAUGCGAAAGAUUUGCGAACUGCGUGGAAUUCUGGCCCAGCUGAGCGACAUGCAAGACCUGCGGAUCAGCCAGAUGGUGCGUGUCAUGAUGGUUGUAGUAACCAACAUUCUUCUGGGAUUGGCACUGAUCGGCUACCCCACGAAGAUGUAUGAAGACACAACGGAAUGUAUCCAAUUCUGGCCACUGAUUGCAUGCUAUCUUUACUUCAUUUGCUACCGAGGGAUGCUUCACGUGAUGUUUCUGUUGGACAAGGGCCCUUUCUACGCGAAAGGAGAUUGUGUGAAUAUAGAUGCAUUGUUGAUCAGUACAGAACGCUAUAUGUUUCACAUUUUUCGCACUUCAUUCAAGAGUAGCCAACAGAAGAAUACAAAAUAUCCGUUGCCUGAUCGGCCACAAGAGCCGGCUGCGGUGUAA